UCGAGCUUGUGUAUGGAUCGCUAGGUCAAAUUGGUCGAGUGGUAAAAUUCAUCUGUCAACAAUCCAUCCAUAUUUGAUCCGUCGUAUUGACUAUAGCGACAUCUCAAUCUGUUAUUUGAUUAAAUGUUCCACAGUCCGUUGCUUUCUAUCGCGAGAAACUGGUAUUUUGGUGGACGCAUCGUCUAGCAGUGUGUGGACGCCAUAGCGCAGGGAGACAAUGUCACGCCCGCGUUCAAGAUCUCCAUUAUAUUCAAGAAUCCCGACCCUUCAGGGAAGAAGAGCGGAGGGAUUAUUUGGUAACCAGAUGCGUUCAUCAGUACAAUCUGACACGUGGAGAAACCCUGAAUAUGUCAAAGUAGAAACUAACCCCCACUGGAACAAAGAUUCCCACCAAGGAGAGCAAAAUGUCGACCACUGGGCCAAAUUUAUCGAUGCAAUAGAGCAUGCUCAACAAAGAGGGACUUCGCCUAUGGCCAGAUAUCCGAUGCAGGCUGAUGAAGAUAGGCCAUCCGAUUCCCCAAGAAGGCUUCCCAGGGAGAGGUUACCUUCCCCUGAACACACACAUUAUGGUGUGGGUGAGCAUUAUAGGAUGGCGUCGCCAGGCUGGAACAGAAAUGAAGCUUUUGAUAAGGAAACCAGUUUGCAGCACAACCAAAGAGAGAUGAGGGAUAGGUCUUAUCCAAGACAUCAAGAAGGAAGAAGUCAUGACAGGAUGGAUUAUGAAUAUCGUAAUGAAGAACAUGGCAAUCAAUAUCAUGAAAGAGGCUCCUAUUCAGAGAGGUCAUCAAAGUCUGAUUAUAGGGAGCAUCACCCUUCUAAAGGAUUUGCAGAGUCGGGUCUCCAGAGUGAGUUUGCUGAUCGUCACCGGGGCUUCAGCCCACGCCGUGCUCCUCUUAUCGUGGAACAUGAUCAUGGAAUCGUAAAACAAGAUUUGAGGAAUCGCGAGCCCCCGAAGAUGGGUGGCCAAUCUAGAGGCAGAGAUCCACCCAGGCCAAGUGAAACCCAAAGGAACCGGGAACCUUACAGAGAUAGAAGAGACCAAGGUCAUCAUUCACGUACCCUACAAGAGAGACCAGGUGGACGGCCGAAUGGGAAUCCCAGAGAGGAAGCAAGGAAGAGCUACUCUUAUGAAAGAGAAAGCCAAGGGAGAGAACGAUCAAGACACAUUGAUCAAUCUAGGAUGGAGUCACGCUCUAGAGACUUGGAAGUACGGCGGGAAAUGAAUUUGAGGGAUACGAGUGACACAGAUUUGAGGAACUGGGAAAGAGACUCUGUCCGUGAAUGGGAGGAAGAGAGACCACAAAGGAAUGCGGGUAGGGUGAUGGGACAAGAGGAAGUUCGCCCAAGAGAUCAGUAUAACAGGAGUUCAAAGACCAAUGUUGGUCCUACAUCUAGAAUGGAUUUUAGUGAACGUGAGACCCUUAAGAUCAAGGUGGACAUGAGUCGCCCCGUCACGCAUGCCAGUUAUUUAGGAUAUUCAUCAGACAGGCAGUUAUCACUGGACUUAGUCAAUGUGGGUCGACAGCGUCUUGAUUUCCUGCCCAUGCUGGAGCAUUCUGGGACUUACAAGGAAUCUGCAGUACAUUGUGGGACAUUUGCCCAAGAAAUCAUCACACUUGUACAUCAGGUUAAAGAAAAUUAUUUUAGUGGCCAAGACAUCCCACUCAAUGAACGCUUUGCAAAUGAACAGUAUUAUUCAAUCUCGGAUGAGAUUAAAGAAGAAGAAGAAUAUGAGUAUGAGUUGGAAAUGGAAAACUUGAGAGCAAUCAUGAAUAGGCCACAAAGAAUGCCAUCUUCAGGAGCUCUGGAUACACUUCAGAGACAACAGCCAGUCCCUGACCCUGGUGACCUCAGGUAUGACCUGGAGCGAAGACGACAGCAGAAACUGGAGGCUGUGAAGAUCACCAUUGCUGGGGCAAACUUUACUCAGAUGCCUUCUGAGAGUCAAGAGAGCGAGCCUCCCUAUAUGAAUGACCUUGAAGAGCCGGAUGAAAACUUCAGGUGGUCUGAACAAGAACAUGAGCAGCAAAGGCAGUGGGAUGCUCCACGUCAAAGAAUGACAGAGCCAAUCAGACAGAACGUUUUCAAUAAUGAUUCUCCACGUCAAAGAAUGCCAGCAGCUACCAGACAGAACGUUUUUAAUAAUCAGGGUCCACGUCAAAGAAAACCAGAACAUCCCAGACAGAACUUCCACCCGAGGGGCAACCGUACGGGCAGACAGCGGGGAAGGAGGAAUUGAAGUUGCUUUGGAAAAGGUGGCACUUUUUGAUGAGAAAGUGAACAUUUCAAACCUGCGGUCAUGCACACUACAUGCUUUCACUGUUUCUGUGUUGACAUUAGAACCACUAAGACCAUGAAUCAUUUAUUGUGCGUCAGAUUUCUUUAUUCCUUUUCACUCAUAUUACACUUCUGUAUUUUUUUUCUCAUCCAUUUCUGAUUGACCCACUGCCAUUUUGUUAAAGCUGUUUUAAAUUAACAGCUUAUAAAGAGAGAUUAAAAAGUUUAAAGUUUACUCUUUGGGCAAAUACCUUUUUAUCACCCCGAAGCUUAGAUGUUCAUCAUUGUCUAUGGAGAGUUUAGUUUUUGAUUUAAUAUUCCACAUUUUGACGUCAUUUUGACGUUUUAUUUCCAAUUUAAAUGGCCCCUUCAUAGCAGUUCACACCAGUUAGAUUUGCUUUUAUACUAAAAUAGAUUUUUUUGUUGUAUCUGCCUAUAUGAUUGGAAAUAAUUUGAUAUUCUCUGUAUUCUGCUGUGUAAACUCCAAGUAGAAAUUCUUGUGUAAAUAAAAAAAAUAUCUAUUUGUGCCAAAAUGUUUUCAAA